AUGGGCGUGAACUAUAUUCCUGCCGGACUCUAUGUGAAAGAGGCACACUGUCGUGACAUCAAGUUCAACCGUUUCAUUCUGCGAGAAGAAUCUGGCUCUGAAGCACAAACGGUAAAGGCUGGUGAGCGGGUUCGAGUGCAGCUACAGAGCGCCAGCGGUCCUGAUGCAGCCUAUACCAUCAUCCGCGACACAUUGGCUCUGCAUUUUAAACCCUUGUUGCGAAUGACCGAGGAGCAGAAGCUGGAUGAAAUGGUGGGCCUAGUCGACCAAAGUGUCGACUCUCGAGUCGCGGUUGAUAUUCGUGCGUGGUUCCUCAAGGAACUUGAUGUGGAUGUUCCCACACUGAAGAUCAUGGGCGGUGCAUCUAUUUCCGACUUGGUCAAGUCUGCUGUUGAGAACAUGCCUCAAUCUUCAGAAGGGGACGGUGUGGAAAGCCCAGUCAAGCCAGUCGGAAAGGAGAUGUCUUCCCCGUUCCCAGCUAAGCCAGAGGAACUUCUUCUUCGCCCCCGUUCAGAGAGAGCCCCGACCACCUCCACACCUCUGUCGUCAGGCAGCCCGAUUUUCAUGCCUGCUCGGGUCACCACUCCGACCUUUUUAUCGACUCUGGCCGCACAUCUCCGCCGCGGGAUUAUUUCGACAAGAGUUCCACGGCAUCGGAGAAACCAAUGGUCAUCGAUGGGCUGGAGUCGGGAAUUUAGGAAGGAAAUGCUUGGGGAUCCAGAUAGUUAUCAUUUUCAUUUGAUGUGCGAGAACAGUGGUUUUUUGACAACGGUUCCCUGUUCACUGGAUAAAGGUUAUGGAGUAAAGCAGAAAUAG